AUGUCCCCUAAUCUACCACGAUCACCAACCGUCACACACAUCUUCACUAUACCUUUUGUGGACUGUAUACUAGACAGGGUACGUGUAUCUGAAAGAAUCUCAAAACGCAGUCCUGGAUUUCAAGAAUUUUAUGAUAUUGUGAAGAAUUCUUUGUUUACUCUAACCUCAGCUCUGCUGAAGGUCAGCAAGCCACACAAAAUGACGAAGAGCAAAGUCCACAAAAAGUUCCACCGAGAUGCGCUGAGCAAAUGCCAGAUUCCCAGAAGAAAACAAGUGCAUUCCGGGAGCAGUGCCGCCCUCAUCCCGAGUGCCAACCCCACUGGCCCGGGAGGGUCUGUGUCAUCAGCAAUGAGCCCUGUGCUGUCGGCAUUCAUGAGAGAGCUCCCCGGCUGGUUCCUGCUCUCCGGGGUCUUCUUGCCUGUGACUUUGCUGCUAUUCCUUCUCAUUGCCUACUUCAGGAUCAAACUGAUGGAGGUCAAUGAAGAAUUGUCUAAGGCUCCUGAUCACCAACAGUACUGCAAGGCUGGCUCUUCCCUGUACCGGAGAAUGAAACAAACGUGA